ACCAACUAAAACGAGCACGAAGACAAAGAAACACAUACAAAAUAUAGACGAUUGGACAUGAGAAAGAAACACCUGAAAGCUAGAUGAAAUCCGAAAGCUCUGUUUUGAUUUUUCUUUGUUUUUAUUCCACACAUUUUUAAAAAACUCUGAAUGCAAUUGCCCGGGGUAAGCGCCAUGUAAGCGGCUGCUGAUGUGGUAGUAAAUAAAAACGCAUCGUUUGAAACUUCCACUCUUUCAAAACCGAUCACACUUCGAAACUCUAAGUUACCUCCUUUGCGACUUUUCAUUCCUCCUUCCUUCCCUCUCUGUAAUUUUUCUUGACCGAUUCCGUUAGGAAAAACUAGGAGCAAACAAUCUGGGUGCUUGAAUUCAAUCUCCCGAAACUUACCUCUGACGGGCCUAGAGGGGUAUUUGAAUUCUGGGAAACAUUCAAGCCUCAUGACCUUCUUCAGUUCCUGGUAUCCCAGUCCAUCUAGAAGCUUCACAUCCCAGUUGAGGCCCGUCGCCGCCAUCGUCACCGCGGCGAUAGCAUGGCCAAUAUCGUGAUUGCAAUACCGAAAAGCUUGCUCACCAUACUUCCAGGCCUCGCGCCAGAAAAUGGAGGAAAGGCCAAUAAGAAACGAGUUCUCGGGAAAGAAUUUGGGGAAGAAGCCUGAUGGAAUUUUGGCUUUGAGCUCCAAAGAAUGCUCUUUCGGAGCAUAAUGCGCAACGAAAGGUGAGCUGGACAGUGAAUCGAUUGGCGGGGAAAUUAUAUAUGCUUCGGUUGGGUGCAAAUUUCAGCUACCGGGAUUGACUCGGAGGGACCAAAUGGAGUAUCCAGUGGUUUUCCAAGCGGAGAGAGCAAGGGAGUCGUAGAAUAAUUGGAAAAUGGUGGAAUAGGAAAUGGGUUUUGGAGGAGGGAGAGAGAGGAAUAUAGAGGAGUAGAGAGGGGAAUCGGAGGGUGAUGGUUUAUAGGUUUGGUUUGGGUUUUGGGGUUCAGUCUUGGUGGGGAAGUGAAGAAGCGGGAGGAGAGGAACAGAGAGAUAGCGCCGAAAAGGGUUGGGUUGGUUGGCCCAGUCCAGGCCAUGGGGACCUCAGGGAUACCUGUCGUAGGAGUGCUUGGUCUGCUGGUGGUAUUUGAGCACCUGAGAGAGAUUUUCUUCGUCUAGGUUGGCUUUGGAAGUGUCAAUAGCCUUGAAGAAGAAGAAUAAAAAGACAUGGUUGUGGGGAUAACAGUUUCUCCAAUGAGUAUGGAGGUUGAAGGAAGGAAGGAAAAGCCCUGAGAUUUUAGAGGGAGAGAGAACCUGGCGCUAGAAGGAACCAGAGACAUCUCUGGUGAUAAACUUCCUUGCGUACGGGGGUCCAAGGCUCUGUUUUGUUUUUAACUUUCUGACUCAUUUUUUUUUUUUAAAAUAUCUGUUGACGUGGUGUUAGAGAUUCCACGCCGAUUAUAUGAGACGACUACAUAUAAAAAAGUUGCACAUUUUUUUCCUUUUUUCCUGCUGACGUGUUGUCAGCGACUCCCCACCGCUUGCAUCAAGCGACUGUGCGUAGAAGAGCUGAUGACAAAAUUGCAAUUAGACACGGACAAAAGCAAAACCCCAAAGAAAACACAGAAGGCUGUUCAGAAGAGGCAGUGUACAAUUGUCAAGACCACAGGACUCAGGAGUGCCACCAGCUCAAGUCGUCGAUGAAGAAACAGCUGUUGAUCAAGACAGCCUAUGAAGUAGACAUCGUAUCACCUGCGGAGAAAUAGCUGUAGAAGAAUUGUUAUAUUUAAGCAGAGAUCAAAUUCAAAGAAUCCCAUGAACUCGAAACAAGACUAAAAUGGAUAAGCUCCAUAACAAAUGGGUCUCCACCGCAGCCAGCAUAUGGAUCCAGUGCACCAGUGGCUUCCUAUACACCUUCUCCAUCUACUCCUCCCUUCUUAAAUCAAGCCAGGGCUACGAUCAAUCCACGCUCGACACCGUUUCCGUCUUCAAGGACAUCGGCGGCAACUUCGGCGUCCUCUCCGGUCUUCUCUACUCCGCAGCCACUGCGAAUCACCGCCGCCGUACUGGGCCUUGGGUGGUCCACCUCGCGGGUGCGGUCCAGUGUUUCGUUGGCUUCUUCCUUUUGUGGGCCUCCGUCGUCGGGUUGAUCCCCCGGCCGCCUGUGCCCGCCAUGUGCUUGUUCAUGUUGGUGGCAGCCCACGCAGCGACCUUCUUCAACACUUCGAAUUUGGUCACUGGCGUACGGAACUUUUCCAAUUACAGGGGCACCAUCAUUGGCAUUAUAAAGGGUUUUAUUGGCUUGAGUGGAGCAAUUUUAGUUCAAGUAUAUCAGACAAUAUUCAAUAACGAUCCAACAUCCUACCUUCUGAUGCUGGCUCUUUUGCCUAGUGUCAAUGCCCUGUUGUUCAUGUGGUUUGUGAGAAUCCACAACACAAUUGAAGGAGAUGAAAAAAAGCACCUAGAUAGUUUCUCAUUAAUUGCUCUGGUUAUCGCUGCCUACCUUAUGGUCGUCAUAAUUUUGGAGAAUGUUAUUACCUUUCGAUUGUCAAUACGUGUAGGCACAUUUGUCCUGCUCAUGUUGUUGCUUGUCUCACCAUUUUGCGUGGCGAUUAGAGCCCAUCAAAGGGAUUCUAAUGGAUUUUCACAUAAUCUCUUUAUUGAGGGGGGCCAACCAAUGGAUGAUCCUAACCAAGCAGAUGCUGAGAAGAUGUAUGUAGGACAAGAUUCUGCUGGGUACGGCUGUGUGCCCGGCAGUACUGAUCAAGAGGUGGAUGGUAACGAAGAAAGACCUUUCCCAGCAGAAGAAAACCUGAAUCUGUUGCAAGCUAUACGCACGAUAGACUUCUGGAUUUUGUUUCUUGCCAUGGCAUGUGGUAUGGGCUCAGGACUUGCCACAGUGAAUAACAUCAGCCAGAUAGGAGGAUCUCUUGGUUACACUAACUUCGAGACAAGUACUUUGGUUUCUUUGUGGAGUAUCUGGAAUUUUCUUGGACGUUUUGGAGCUGGCUAUGUAUCAGAUUAUUUCCUGCAUGCUAGAGGAUGGGCAAGGCCAUUGUUCAUGGUCAUCACUCUAGCAACCAUGAGCAUUGGUCAUGUGGUGAUUGCUUCUGGUUUUCCUGGAGCUCUGUUUGCUGGUUCAAUAUUGGUGGGUGUUUGUUAUGGUUCCCAGUGGUCAUUAAUGCCUAUAAUCACUUCCGAGAUAUUUGGUGUGGUACAUAUGGGUACCAUAUUCAAUACAAUUACCAUAGCAAACCCUGUUGGAUCUUUUAUAUUUUCCGUGAGGGUUAUUGGGUAUCUAUAUGAUGAGGAAUCAUCAGCGGAGGGCAACACAUGCACUGGAACACAUUGUUUCAUGUUAUCUUUUAUCAUCAUGGCUUCUGCUACUCUUCUGGGCUCUCUUGCUGCCUUGUGGUUGUACUUUCGGACUAAACAUUUCUAUAAUCAGGUUGUACGUAGGAGACUGCUACAUUGUUUCAGUGAGUAAUUGCUGAGACUGCUAAGUACUCUGAAGGAGUCGUGAAGUUUUUGCCGGCUGGUGAGAACGAGGUUAAAGCCAAAACUCUCUCUCUCUCUCUCUCUCUCUCUCUCUCUCUCGUGUGAAAGUUUAGUUGGGCUAUCAGGGAUCGGAGGGGAGUCAACACUGUCCUUCUUUUUAAGUUCAGUUUAUAAUUGCCAAUAUGGAUUCAAAUGUUUUUGGCAAAAUCUCCUGCAUGAGAACUAGUAUUAGCUCUGGAAAAAGUAUUUCAUAAGGUAGCUUUGUAGGUUCAACUUAUUUCAUUUUGACCGUAGACAGUUAGAACUUUAUGGAUAAUAAUGACCAAAUAUAUCGUUAUAGUUAACUAGACUGGAGGAACUUGGCAUCCAUGUGGCGUGAAACAGUGCAAGGAUCCAUAUUUAUCUUGGAAUACUUGCAUUAGGAUACAGCACACGUUCCUUAAAAGGCUGUAAUUUUUCUUUUAAGGACUGUUGGGAAUUCAGUAAUGUCGGUGGCUGCAGAGUGCAGGGGAAUAACUUAGAGGCAUUAUUAUAUAUAAAAAAUGAUAUUUGUGGUUGUGGAGUACGCAAGUGCUGUGUAAUCCAUUUGAAAAAAGUAAAUAAUAUAGGACCCACAUGAAAAAACUAAUUUUUUAACAGUGGAUCCCACUUUUUUUCAAAACGAUUGCGUGGCAUUUGUGGACUCCACGACUAUACGUAGCAUUACUCUUUAAGUUUUAGGUAAAGAAUUAUGUGGUGGGUAUUGAGGUUAUAAACCUAGAAACAGUGACCUACUUCCUGGACAGCAAAUGGAGAUUUGCAUGAAUGGAAAUUGAUUGAAAUGGUGUCGGUAUGCAAAUUUACACCCCCUACAAUUUGUUCUUAAUAAAUAACUAUACAUGUGGUUUCUACUGCUUUAUUGGUCAAUCAAGUUCUGGACAUGGCUUUGCUGCAAGAUCAUAAGCUUACAGGAUCAACCAUGACUUAAAUAGAUUAAGGACUGAUUGCUUUAGAUUUGUUACAAUGAUGUAUAGAUAUUUGAUGUUUGAUGUGGUGUGUACCAUAAUGAUUACGAUGUUGGUACCUUGUAAUAAUGGAAAAUGGAUAAACUGAGUUUUACAAUAUAAUGGAUCGCAUUGAGCCACGUUAACUUGAUAACUUUAUUGUCUAAGAUUUUUGUGUAGAGUUGUAGACCAACAAUUUCUCUUUUGUAAAACUUCUCACUAUGUUUAAGUUUUUGUUCUUUUUUUUUUUGGUUCUAAUUUCUAGCUUUAGGUUUCAUCAAUAGACUAUGCUAUAAACCUUGAGAUGGUACCAGGGGAAACAACUGAGACCAGAGGUUUUUCAGGAUGAUAAAUUCCUUUAUUUGAAAAUCCACACCAUCUCUAGCUUUAUUUGAUAUAAUCUAUAGCAGUUGUAGCCUAUUGGAUCUAAGUAGAACAUUCAGUUUUACUGAGUUUACAGUCCUCCUAACUGGCGUGUCUCUAGCGUUGAGAAACAUUUUAUGAGAAGGAGGAUUAAAACAUCGGGCAUGAACAACAUGGGGAAUGCACCAGUUGUUUGGAUCAUGAUGAAGGCAUAGGCUGCAAAAGCCACAGAGGUCAGACGAGAAGAAAUCAGAAGAGUCCAUUUUUUGGAAUCAGAACUGGACUAAUAUAAAACAGAUCCCAUGAUGCAGAGUUAGCAAGGAGGGUGAUAAUUCUUUUUGUAUAUGAAUCCGAGGUUGCUGUGGGAGUUCUUCUCUACCCAGUUAUCAGAUGUAUUUGCAUUUUAGUCUCGUGGUGAUGCUUUUGAAGAUCACCCUCAAAGGCAUUUUUCGAUACCCUUUUGCAUUGUUAUUAUAGAGCUGAAGGUGUUAUUUUGUAACAAAUAAUGAAAAAUAAUUCUUCCUUUGUUUUUUCU